GAAUGGCCAACAUGUACCUGACUGCAAGUUUUGGAGCCAGGAGCGGAGAUGGUUGAUGCGCGGAUGCCUGGGCGCCUAGAAUAGUUCCCCAAUCCUUCACGGAUCGCGAGAGACAUGAAGCACUAUUGAUGGCUGUGUAGGGCCACCUACCUGCCCGGGUACUAGUCACCUGCCCUCUUGUCCGCGUCCCAUGUGGACCGGCCAAGUGGAACACACAGCGGGCGCUUCACGGUAGCCGCAACCGCCCUUUUGCUUUGUGUUGCGCUUCACUCAUACCUCUCUGCUGCUUCAUCCGGGCACCAAAGACUGGUGCGUGCACCCUCAAAAACAACAAAUAACCUGAGCAGUUCAAUUUCGGGUUGGGUUAGGCUCCGCAACACGGCUGAGUGAGAGUCAGAAUGUCGGAGGGGGGCUCCUUCCCCGAGUGGUGUGCGCCAGCUUUCUCCAAUGAGCGAGGUGGCGCCGGCAGCAGGCCUGGUGUGGGUGGCGGCGAGGGUGUGACCCCGGCGGACUGGGGGAGGAAGGAGCACUGGACCUGGCAAGUGCGUGACAGAGCCAGAGAAUCAGCGCCAGAAGCAGGACCCAUAGAAAGAGCCCAAGCUCGACAGCGGAAGCACCUGUGAAAACGGAAACGGAAAUGAAAAUGAGGACGAAAAUGAAAAAAUAGGCGUAUUCUAUUCACAUUUGUUCAGUUUACAUCCUGUCCUAUCUCCUGUGAUGCCCUGGUUCCCUGACGCCUAACCGACUGUGUGCCUGCUCGUAUUUCC